GGAAGAUGGCGCUACGUCUGCUGCGGAGGGCGGUGCGUGGAGCGGCGGCGACGCUGCCGAAGCUGUACUGGAACUGCCGCCUACUCAGAAAAUCACAGUUUGGAGAAGUUUCAGGAAUGGUUCUCAAAGGGAACAAAAGCAAGAAAGGGACAAGUGAGGGCUGCCAAUGUGUGCUAUCACCGAGGCUCCUGUAGGAGAGAUGGAGAUUGGCCCCAGGCUGGUCAGGAUCAGGAACACAUCUCUGGCAGCUGUGUCCAGGCUUGGAUAUUGUUCCUCAUCCACUCACAAGUACAUUCCCCGGAGGGCAGUGCUCUAUGUACCUGGAAAUGAUGAAAAGAAAAUAAAGAAGAUUCCGUCCCUGCAUGUAGAUUGUGCAGUGCUCGACUGUGAGGAUGGUGUGGCUAUGAACAAAAAGCAUGAAGCUCGAUUGAGAAUUGUAAAAACUCUUGAAGACUUUGAUCUGGGCCCAACCGAAAAGUGUGUGAGAAUCAACUCAGUGUCCAGUGGUCUGGCUGAAGAAGACCUGGAGACCCUCCUGCAAUCCCGGGUCCUUCCUUCCAGCCUAAUGCUACCAAAAGUGGAAGGUCCUGAAGAAAUCCAGUGGUUUUCAGACAAAUUUUCAUUCUACUUAAAAGGCCGAAAACUUGAACAACCUUUGAAUUUAAUCCCUUUUGUGGAAACUGCAAUGGGUUUACUCAAUUUUAAGGCAGUGUGUGAAGAAGCAGUCAAGACUGGGCCUCAAGUGGGUCUUUUUCUAGAUGCAGUCGUUUUUGGAGGAGAAGACUUUCGAGCCAGUAUAGGUGCAACAAGUAGUAAAGAAACCCAAGAUAUUCUCUACGCCCGACAAAAGAUUAUUGUUGUAGCGAAGGCCUUUGGUCUACAGGCCAUAGAUCUGGUGUACAUCGACUUUCGAGAUGGAGAGGGCCUUCUCAGGCAGUCGAAAGAAGGAGCUGCAAUGGGAUUUACUGGUAAGCAGGUGAUACACCCUAACCAAAUUGCAGUCGUCCAGGAGCAGUUUUCUCCAUCCCCCGAAAAAAUUAAGUGGGCUGAAGAACUGAUUGCUGCCUUUAAAGAACAUCAAGAAUUAGGAAAGGCCAGGAAAAAAUCAAAUGGUGCAGAAAGAUGCUUGCAGAUAAAGGAAAGGAGAAAGGGAGCCUUUACUUUCCAAGGGAGUAUGAUCGACAUGCCAUUACUGAAGCAAGCCCAGAACAUUGUUACGCUUGCCACAUCCAUCAAGGAAAAAUAAUCUGUUAAAUGAAGCUCUCAUCAGGUGGGCUGAGCGUAUACAGUGGCUUUCUUAAAGACAAACCAUAAUACUCAAGGCAACUUGUUAGUAUGCCAGAUUGGAACCUUUCUCCAUUUACAGUUCAUGUGAAUGACAAUUAUUGUUGUUGUUGUUAUCACUGGCCCGUUAGUCCUCUAAAAAUGAAGUUUCUUCCUUUUGGUUCCAAGCUUAUUAUUUUAUUGUUCAUUGAUGUGUUUAUAGGUAUGGACUUAGGAUUUCACAGGGAGAUACAAUAGUGGAAAAGAUUGGCUGUGCAGGAAAGUUAGAUCUUGAAUGAAACAGGCCUUUCGCAAAUACAGUACUCCCUUCACCCUUCUUACAUUAGAUGUUUCCACAUUAGAUAUUUUUCUACAUUGUUCAUUUGUUCACUCAACCCCAUAAUUUUAAGAAAGGCCAGGCUUUUAAAAAAUAAUGAAAUGAAGGGGUUGUGUGUAUUUCACUAGAAAACUGAUAAAACACCAGAGAUGGCAUUGAAAAGUUGAUUAGGUAUCAUAUUGGUUUAUACAGAUAUCUCUAAAAAUAAUUCUUCAAAACUGAUUACUGUUAACCUCCAUCCCCCAAAAAAACAAAACAUCCAUAAUCCUUGCGCUGCUAGAUGAUGACUAUGAAAGCCCUCCUCCUGGGUGAAUGCUUUGGGUAAACAGUUACCAGCAUUAAAACAUAAAUGUGCAGCAACACAAGACCGUCCAUUCUCCCCUUUUAUUUCCCCGUUUAACUGUUUGCCACUGAGGCCACUUCCCCUGUAAAUGUAUGGCCCGGACAGGGCCCCCUCAGCAAUAAACUUGUAGCCUCUAAGAAGACACAAAGCGGCAGAGCUGGUGCAUAUGGUCCCCUCCGAGAUUUGCAUCACAUUAGGGAUGCUGCUACAGGUCAUAUGGGUGGUGUGGUUAACGGGCUUAGUAGAGCUGUUUUGAAGAGGUUAACCCAGCUUGUAGGAAGGGUAAAUAAACAUAACAACCAGCCAUUCUUCCCUAUUCAGCAUGUGCUCUUAUAUUGAAGGCUAAAGGGUAUUGAAGCAGCGAAGGAUCAACUUGUGUUUGCCAGAGGACGCCAAUGAAAUUUGAAACACCAACAAUCAGAGAUUUUGUUUCUGCUCCUCAUUAAAUCAUGAGCUUUUGUGUUGAGA